AUGAGUGGCGUCGAUUGCGGAUGCGCUGAGAGCAGAGCAGGAGUGCCGCAGUUCCGCGUCGACCACAAUUUCAAGGUGCGUGGCGAGUCAGCUUCCACGCUCUCCCCUCAUUUUCACCGUCCUCCCCUCAUUUUCAUCCCCCUUCCCUCAUCGUUUCCGCUCUCCCCUCAUCUUUUCCGCUCUCCCCUCGUCAUCCCUGCUCUCCCCUUUGUUCUCCCGCUCUCCCCUCAUCUUACCCUCUCCCCCCAUCUUCCCCUCUCUCUUCCCAUCUUCCCCUCUCUCUUCCCAUCUUCCCCUCUCUCCUCCCAUCUUCCCCUCUCUCCCCCCAUCUUCCCCUCUCUCCCCCCAUCUCCCCGUCUCUCUUCCCAUCUUACCCUCUCGCUUCCCAAGGGGUGA